CUUCAAUUUUUUUAGCUUUGGCCCAGCAAGUGAGCUAUGAAAUGAACAAGGAUCCUCGAGGAUUGUGCGUCAUCGUGAAUAACGUCAACUUCCAGAACAGGGACCUGAACCGACCAGGAGCCGUCGAAGACGAACGUAGCCUCCAACUUCUGUUCAGGACGCUCUUCUUUGAAGUGAUUAUCCGGAGAGAUUUGACGAGCCACGAGUUGGAGAAAGUGGCACAGAAGUUUGGAGCUGCAAAUCACAAAGCGUAUAACGCGUUUGUGUUCAUCGUCAUGUCGCAUGGAGGAGAUCGCGAUUGCAUCUUGGGCGUCGACGGAAGGGAGACAACCGUCAAGAAUUUGAUGUGCGAGUUCCGUGAGAACAAGUGUCCUUCACUUAAGCAUAAACCCAAGGCGUUCAUCAUCCAAACUUGCAGAGGAUGUCGAGACAACGCUGAUAAUUCAACUUCCUCACCUGUUAAUGAUAUCAAUUUACAACAGAAGGUCGCGACCACGUCACAGGCACAGAUAAGCUCCCAGCCAUGUGAUACUGCAUUCGUUACUGACUGCACCCUCCCGCGGAGCGUGUUUCCACCGGAAGCCGACUUUGUCCUGGCCUUUGCCACCGCGCCGGGUUACGUAUCAUAUCGAGAUCCGGAUAAUGGCACCUGGUUUAUACAGGCUUUAGUCGAAGUGAUCAGCAAAUAUCAUCAUCAUCAUCACUUCCUUGAGAUCUUGACAGAAGUCACUAGACUGGUAGUGGAGCGUGUUAACUCUGUCCAGGUUCCUGCCCCCAUGGAUACCUUGACUAAAUUUCUGUACUUGUGAGAGGGGACUGAGCUGAGCGAUUUACUGUUAGCCGUUCCUAUGGAUACCUUGACUAAAUUUCUCUACUUGUGAGAAGGGACUGAGCUGAGCGCUUUACUGUUAACCAUGGCUUCGUUUAUACUGUUAUUAUGUUAGAGAUUUAGAAUGAAACUUAUUGAAUAGUUCAAUGUUUGUGGACACGAUUGUUACCCAAUGAAAGAAGAAGAUCAUCCUUUCUUGAAUCAAAUUAAAUCAAAUCGAAAAUUAUAAAAUAAAUAUGAAAUUGCUGCUGGCUUUUUUCUUAUUGAAUUACAAAUCAACUUGAUUUUAAGACGCUAGAUGUCCUUUUCAUCUGUUUAUAAUUUUAUUUUUUAUUUUAAGUAUAGGAAUUAUUGUAGAGAGUUUACUCUAAACAUUUUCAUUUUUUUCUUAACUGCUUAGACUUUUAGACCCUAAUUAUCCAUCUUGACCUUACCAUCUGAAUGGGAGUUUAAGAUAAACUCAAAGAGUUGUUAGAAAGUUCGUACAAAAUUUUCGAAUUGUUACAUAAACUACCAUUUUAUUCUGACAAAAAUAUUUCAUUCUGCAACAGAACGUAGAAAAUGAUAUGUUAAAAGUAAGAGAGCAGUUACUUCCACUCUAAAAGAACAGAAGUUGAUUAAAACACACUUGAAACAUGUCUGCUUGAUAGCAAGCGAAAAACAAAUCCUGUAUGAAAAAAAAAUAGAAAUAGUAAACCUCAAAACACUAAAAGCAAACCUUAAGAAGUGUAAUUGAAUAAGUGUAAAUAUUGUAAAGUUUGCAUACUGUUGAAUUUAAUGUGUAUAGUUUGGUCAGAGAGGGAAAUAAAAUGAUAUCAAAUGUU